AUGGCCGAAGUCCGCAGUUCCCAUUUUUGCGAUGGAUUCGACAAAAGUUGCGGAAUAAGUAAAGAUCUCAAAAUGCACGAAGAUACUCAUGCAGAUAACAAGUCUUGUAGUUGCCAGGAGUGUUACGAAACUUCUAUCACGAAAAGAAACUUCACAGUACACGGACUGACUCACACAGAUGACAACACUACCUCAUACGGCUGUCAACAGUGUUCAAAAGUUUUCAUGUAUAAACGACAUCUUAUAAGACAUGAACAGAUCCAUGCGGUUAAGGAGUCCUACGUCUGCAAUUUGUGUUCUAAAAGUUUUACUUGGAAAUCACAUCUUACGAGACACGAGGAGGUCCAUGAUGGCAAUAAGCCCUACGAAUGCAAAGUUUGUUCGAAAAAUUAUACCCGAAAAGAAUAUCUUACGAUACACGAGCGAAGCCAUACAGGUGAUAAGCCCUACGACUGCAAAAUGUGUUCAAAAAGAUUUACUCAGCUAUCACAUCUUACGAGACACGAGCAGGUUCAUGAGGGCAAUAAGCCCUACGAAUGCAAAGUUUGUUCGAAAAAUUAUACCCGAAAAGAAUAUCUUACGAUACACGAGCGAAGCCAUACAGGUGAUAAGCCCUACGACUGCAAAAUGUGUUCAAAAAGAUUUACUCAGCUAUCACAUCUUACGAGACACGAGCAGGUUCAUGAGGGCAAUAAGCCCUACGAAUGCAAAGUUUGUUCGAAAAGUUAUACCCGAAAAGAAUAUCUUACAAUACACGAGCGUAGCCAUACAGGUGAUAAGCCCUACGACUGCAAAAUGUGUUCGAAAAGGUUUACUCGAAAAUCAAAUCUAAUAGUGCACCAGCGGAUUCACACGGGUGAUAAGCCCUACAAAUGUAAACUAUGUUCAAAUAGUUUUCUUGAUAAAUCUCGUCUUAUACAGCACCAAUUGAUUCACACGGGAGAUAAGCCCUACGAAUGCAAACUAUGUUCAAAGAGGUUUACUCAGCUAUCACAUCUUAUGAGACACGAGCAGGUCCAUGAGGGCAAUAAGCCCUACGAAUGUAAAGUUUGUUCGAAAAGUUAUACCCGAAAAGAAUAUCUUACGAUACACGAGCAGAAUCAUACAGGUGAUAAGCCCUACAGCUGCAAAUUGUGUUUAAAAUGUUUUACUCAGCUAUCACAUCUUACGAGACACGAGCAGGUCCAUAAGGGCAAUAAGCCCUACGAAUGCAAAAUUUGUUCAAAAAGUUAUACCCGAAAAGACUGUCUUAAGAGACAUGAGCAGAUUCAUACAAGUGAUAAGGUUGAGUACGAGAGCAAACAAUGUUCAAAAAGUUUCACUCAAAAACAAUACCUCAUGGAACACAAGCAGGUCCGCGAGGCAAACAGCUGUAAACAGAAUUUAAAUAUUUUCUCUGACAAAUCCGAUAUUGCACAGCAGGAGCGGACUCCUAUCGCCGAUUCACUGGGUGCGACUAUGAUGCUGCCCUCAUUUUCCAGUGUUUUUCCUAUUAAAUCUUUUGGAGUGAGAUUUGUUGAGGAAACAGGCGACAGUGUUUUUCCAUAA